AUGUCCACCCCCGCCGCCACCCCCCACCAUCCCGCCGACUCCCUCUCCUCCCGCCUGCACCUGUCCUCCCUCUCCUCCUCCCAUCUCGAACACAAUCGCGCCCCACCACCACCCCAUCAACGCCCCGCAGAAAGCGAAUCCUCCCCAACCUCCUCAGACUAUUCAGACGAAGACACAGAAGACGGUUACUACUCCGACGACAGCCUGGGUAGUCCGUUCGAUUUCGAUUUCGAUUCCACGCAGGCGAUUGUCAUGCUUGUGCCAAUUUUGGUGCCGAUGUUGGCGAAGAUGGCCGGGCGGUAUGUGACGGUAUCGCUGAUGCGCAAGUACUUUGCAUCGUGGACCUAG